AUGUCCAUCGAAAACCUCAAGACCUUCGACCCCUUCGCCGAAGCUGACGAAGACACCGGCGAGACUAAACAGUCUCAGAAUUACAUCCAUAUACGGAUUCAGCAGCGCAAUGGUCGUAAGACUCUGACCACUGUUCAGGGUCUGCCUAAGAAGUUUGACCAGAAGAAGAUUUUGAAGGUCAUCAAGAAGAAGUUCGCUUGCAAUGGCACCAUCGUCGCUGACACUGAGAUGGGCGAGGUGAUUCAGCUUCAGGGAGAUCAGCGUAAGGAUGUCCAGGAGUUCUUGACCGACAAGAAGGAAGGCCUUGAACUGGAUGCCAAGACCAUCAAGGUCCAUGGUUUCUAA